AAAUAUCAUUCCCACUUUUCCUCCUACAUUUCUCUUUCUUUUUACCCAAGCCUGUAUUUUCUUCAAAUAAAUAACCCAAAUCCAUCUCAGAAUUCUCUCCAUCACAAAACUAGAAGCUAUAUACUUUAACAAUGGUGGUUGCAAAAGCAUGUGCAGCUGGUUUAAUUUCUUCCAUUGCUGCUGCAACUAUGGGUGUCCACAACUCUUAUGCAGAUUCCCCUUUUAAAAUACCUUCUUACUCGAAUACUCCUCCUCAAGUCGCCCCAAAUAACGCCACUCCGGCGACGGAGCUAGCGCCGGAGAAGCCGGCUCAGCCGAGAAAUAAUAACCCAAGAACUACUUCUGCGGGGUUCAAUACUGAUGAUUUAGUUUAUGGUGCUAAGUUAUUGAAGGAUAUUGAAAAGUCUGGUCAUGCCAAAGAGGUUUUUAAGGCAAUGAUGGAGCAUGAAAAAACAAAAAAGGAAGAAACACAAGCGAAAUUGCAAGAAGCUAAAGCACAGGAAGCUUAUUUUCAGAAUGAGAAGCAGAAAUUGGCAUAUAAAGCUCAGGAGGAACUAACAAAAUUGUCGGCAGAAAUUAAAAGCAAGUUGGCUAAGUAUGAAGAUGAAUUGAAGAGAAAAAGGAUGGCGGCAGAGACUGAGUACCAUAGACAAAGAAAUAAGGAGCUCGUGGAGAUGCAAGAACAGAUGAAUAUAAAAUUGGAAGCUGCUAAGCGAGCAACAGAAGAGGAGAUUCAAGCACAACGCCGUCAAACUGAACGAGAGAAGGCUGAAAAUGAACGUGAAACCAUUAAAGUUAAGGCAAUGGCGGAGGCGGAAGGGAGAGCCCUUGAGGCUAAGUUGGCGGAGGAGGUCAAUAGACGUAUGCUAAAGGAACGUGUGAAUGCUGAAACAGAAAAAUGGAUUUCAGCUAUAAAUACAACAUUCAAUCAUAUUGGAAGUGGUUUGAGAACAAUAUUGACAGAUAAAGAUAAGCUUGUUGUAGCUGUUGGUGGGGUAACUGCUCUUGCUCUUGGCAUAUACACCACGAGAGAAGGAGCAAAAGUAAUAUGGAGUCAUGUAGACAGAAUACUGGGACAGCCAUCAUUAAUUAGAGAGUCUUCCAUAGGAAAAUAUCCAUGGUCUGGUGCUUUUUCCCGUGUUACUGGUCUCCUUCGUGCUAAAGGAGGAACUCAUUCUGAUAAUGGAAAUGGUUUCGGAGAUGUUAUUUUACACCCCGCUCUCCAGAAGAGAAUUCAACUGCUUGCUUCUGCAACUGCAAAUACUAAAGCUCAUAAGGCACCGUUUCGUAAUAUGCUUUUCUAUGGCCCUCCAGGAACAGGAAAAACAAUGGCUGCACGAGAGCUUGCUCGGAAAUCUGGUUUGGACUAUGCAUUGAUGACAGGUGGAGAUGUUGCACCACUAGGUGCACAAGCUGUUACAAAAAUACACCAGAUGUUUGAUUGGGCAAAGAAGUCUAAUAAGGGUUUGCUUUUAUUUAUUGAUGAAGCUGAUGCCUUCCUUUGCGAACGAAACAAAACAUACAUGAGUGAAGCUCAAAGGAGUGCACUAAAUGCCCUUCUGUUCCGAACUGGUGACCAGUCCAAGGACAUAGUGCUGGCUCUUGCCACAAACCGUCCAGGAGAUCUUGAUUCUGCAGUGGCUGAUCGUAUUGAUGAAGUCCUUGAGUUCCCAUUACCUGGGGAGGAAGAAAGAUACAAGCUGGUGAAACUUUAUCUUGAUAAAUAUAUAGCACAAGCUGGAAAAAGAAAACCCGGGCUUUUUUCACAUUUAUUUAAGAAAGAGCAGCAGAAGAUUGAAAUGAAAGGAUUGACAGAUGACCUUUUCAGAGAGGUUGCUGCUAAAACGGAAGGAUUUUCAGGAAGAGAGAUAGCAAAAUUAAUGGCAAGUGUUCAAGCAGCUGUUUAUGGUAGUGAAAAUUGUAUCCUUGAUGCUCAAUUAUUCCGUGAGGUUGUAGAUUACAAGGUUGCUGAACACCAACAGAGAAGGAAGUUGGCUGGAACGGAAGAAAGUAGCCCAUCAAAAUCAAAGAUGGCUUCAUGAGUAUCGGUGAAGUUGAUUAUUUAUCUCGAGUUUUUGCAGUUUCUUUGCAAUGGCGGUGAAGAAAUGUAGGUUAACAAUGCCAACGAUAUUUUUUUUCUCUGGAAUUUAUGACGUUGAUGUUUAUCAUUGUUUGAGCCCCCAAUUAGUGGAAGAGUUUUUGUUGUACUUUGCAUUACAGGUUAGGCAAAUGAUAUAGAUUGGUUCCGAUGGAUUUUGACAUCGACAUUAACUUGUACAAUAAAUUCUAUUUAUAUUCAUUUGUGAUAUUCUUUAUUAGUGAUUGAUCCUAAAUGUAUAUAGGAUGAAUGUCCAAA